AUGCUGAACGAAGCUCGUGAAUUGUCUUCCAUGUCAGACGAGUCCAGCAAGGAAGAUUCACAAUUAUCUCCUAUCGUGGCCAAUAACUCGGAAGCUUUCAUACUAUUGUACGAUGCUACAAAAGUGGCUAACCACAUUUUACAGAGACUUUUCGGUGAUGUUCACACUACUGAUGAUGGUAUCAAGUCGGCUGAAUGUCUUUUAUGUCAUAUCAGUAUAAAACAAUCAGCAGAGUCAACUUAUAGCUAUAAACGACGCGUUGAACGAAAACACAGAGUCGAAAUGGAUCAAUGGCAAACAGCUGUAAAAACAAAGACGACUGUUGAGAAAAAAGUUCUAGAACUAUUUCUACGAAAAAAUAAUCGAUCAUAUGGUGCUCAAAACCCUCGUCAACAAGAACUUACUCAGGACGUUAUGGUUACUUUCAACAUCGAAGAGAAACUAGUCUGGAUCGUAACGGACAAUGCUUCGAAUAAUACAAAAGCGCUAGAGGCUAUAAUUAUAUCAGGUUUCGAAGUGUACUUCGAGCCCGAAGAUGAAGAUGAAGAUGAAGAGUCAAGUCAAGAAGAGGAAUUGCAAUCCGAAGAGCAAAGGAACGAAAUUAUUAUCGAUCAAUAA